AUGAAAGGAGAUUCAAGUGCCAACGAUGUGGGAUUAACUGGAACUGUGAUCUCCGAUGACGAUGAUUUGGAUAGUGACGAAGAAAACGACUAUAUUGACCUUGAUAGCCCUUCUAUUGACAAUGCAAAUUUUUUCCCUGCUGCGAUUCAUCAUCUGGGUGCCCCAGUGUCUGCUCAUAUAGUUAAUCAUGAGGGAAUCUUGAGAUCUCGCAACAAGAGAGAUUCAGGCUUGUUGAUUCAUGCUUCACAUGGUGCUGGCAGUGAUAAAACUCAAACUAGACCUAAAUCAUGGACUGUUUCUGACUCUGAAAAUCACAAAAAAAUAGAAUCUUUUAUAGGAAAUCCUGUAUCUCGAGUUCCAAGUUGGAUACAUUCCAAGGAACAAGGACCUCGUGCUUUAUGGGCAUCUAUGAAGCAUGAUUUUGACGAUGAUCAGUCAUUUUUACCUCGACUGGAAAUUGAAGCGACAGCUCCAGUAGCUUUAAAAAAAACUCCGCGUCGACGCUCCGUCAGAUGGUCUGAUAUGUCAAACUUUUCUCACAACGCAUCUCAUUUGCCAGGCUCCAUUCUUAAAAUAAUUAUGAGUUAUGCUGUUAGUUCUGCUGAAAUAUCCAAAUCAUACAUGCUUGUCUGCAAGCAAUGGUCACGAGCUGGCGCCCGAAUGUUGUAUUCAUCGCCAUCAUUUACCACAGUAUCUGGAUAUUAUGAAAUGAUUCAAACUCUAUUGAACCCAAUGGCAUUUCAUCCAUAUCCGGCAUUUGUUCGUCAUUUUCAUAUUCCUACCAUUAUUUCUGAUCAGCUACUUAUUGGAGAUAUUGAUGUUGCACUUCAACUUUUUCCAAAUUUGGAAUCCAUUUCUUUGAAAUCAUGUCCAUCUGCUUCCAAUAUUGUAGUUCAGUCUAUUUCAGACCACUCUCCUGAUUUGGUCUCAUUAGAUUUAGCCGGUUGUCCAAUCUCUGAUUCGUAUCUCCCUGACCUGUUUCGUCACAUACCUUCUCUCAAAUCUAUUAAUCUUGCUGGCACAAAAGUCACGAUUGCCACACUUGUGAAUAUUGUUGAUAUCUGUACACAGAUUGAACACAUUUGUUUAGAUGGUGCACUUCCUGAUGCAAGUCCUUUGACCUUUCGCCCAUUAACUCUUUCGUCACCUUCUAGGCCGCUUAAAUCUCUUUCGCUUCGAAACUCGUCCAUUAUAGAUCUUUCGUUGCGAUAUGUAGUAUCCCACUGCCCUGACUUGAAAAGAGUAAUCCUGGACGGUUCCUCUGGAAUUUCAGAUGAUUCUAUUAUUGCUUUAGCUUUAGGCUCAUCUCAGUUGGAAACUGUGCAGCUGGCAUUUUGCUCUUUUGUCACUGAUGUCUCGCUGUAUGCUCUUGCAAAACAUGCAUCACAUUCACUUCGGCGUGUGGCUUUGGCAGGAUGUGAGGAAGUCAGCGAGCAAGGUGUACUUCAACUUGCUCGAUAUUGCACUUCAUUACAAGAACUUCAUCUUCAUGGUUGUCCAAAAAUUUUAAGCUCACCUAUUGCCUCGUAUCAUUCUGGAGAUCGUCAUCUUGGAGUAGAAUGCUUGAUUCGCAGGGAAUCGCUUUGUCUUUUAGCCAAGCAUAGAUUUAGGGGUAGUACUGCAAUAUCCAGAUUAUCACCAGCACAUCUCAACAAGCCUUUGCAUGAUCAGGAGAAUCGAUCCAGCUCAAUUACUCCAGUUCCUAUUCUCACUCCAACUGCAUCGUCUCCUUCAGUCAGCUCACAAUAUGAUCAUCACAUGGGCUCUCAUUCUGGCACUGCGUUUCUUCCAUUUUCCCCUCCUGUUGUGAUGGUUGACGCGAAUGUGCAGACUGAUAUAUCACCCGAGUAUCUUCAACAUGAUAGUCCUGCACACAACGGAAACCCUGACCAGUAUACUGCUUUUCCAACCUCUAGAAGGCGUUCGUCAAAAGUAUCUCGCAAGCAAAGUCGUCGGAGCAUGCAUAGCCAAUCAAAUAGAAGAAGACGUACUAAAGAUGCUACCAACGAAGAUUAUUAUCAGCCUUCCAACAAUGUCAAUUCUGAUUCACAAACUGAUUCUGAAGAUUAUGAUGAUUACUAUGAUGAGUCUCGCGAAACAAUGGGCGUACUUAAAAAGCUUGCAGAGGUCCUUACUAAUGGUGUUGCCGCUAAUACUACAAAUAUGGGACGCGGUCUGAAUCCGUCUAACCUGAAUGGCACAUGGCCAGUUUCCCCACUUGGUCCUGGUGGGCCAUUUGUGUAUCCUGGUCAGCAUAUGUCUGCUAUGCAGCAUGCUGCGAUGACUGCUAGUCCACACAACGGUGCUGGUAUGCUUCAAGGGCAUCCUAUAAACUAUGGUGGAUCUGGACCAGGCUAUAAUCCCUAUAUGCAACCCAAUAUUAAUUUAAAUGGGAGUCCUCAACAAUACCCUUCACAUGUCAACAAGCCAUUCUCCAAUCCAUCAUAUGAGCAAAAUACAGCAUUCAAUGUGCCCAGUGUUGUACUUGACAGUAAAUCUCCUCUUGAAACUGUUCAAACACCAAAUGUGCAACGAACACGCACCAACUCUCAUUCUUCAGGAUCUUCUAAUGAAUCUGGUGCUGGUCGAUGGUCUCUUCGAUCAUCAACCAGCAGCAAUCUGAGUACCUCCAAACUGCCACUACCUUUGUCAUCUCGAAGCAGUAAUAGAACGCCAACCCCAUCCGGAGUGCGUACUUCAUCUCGCCUGCCUGUUAUUUCAACUCGUGGUACUUCGGGUGUGCCUAUCUCCAACACUCGGCUAAGAUCCUUUAGCACAUCAAGUCAGCCUCAUAACAAUUUGCCAUCUCACUUGUUACGGAGCUCAGAACCGCCUACGCCUUCUUCCAUAGAUAUACAAACGCGUAAAACUCAAAAUACAGGUUCUGGGUAUGGUUCAAGGUUGUCGCUUUCAGUUGGGCUUACUUCACCCGAGCCCACUCGUUCAUUUAUCAAAAAGAUUGGACCUAUGGAUGCGCUGACUCAAAAACGAGAUAUGGAAGCGCUUCGUUGUAUUCAAGAAAAAAGUGCAACUGAAAUAGCCACGCCCCAUUCAACAAGACUCCGAAAAAAACAAUAA